AUGCCCCGAGGGCAGGCAAGAAUACUCGAAUAUUUACCUUCAAUAUUCAAUCUUCCCUUUGAAGACAUCAUGUUGGAUACGCUGGAUGGAAAAGCAAAAAUCCAUUGUUGGUUUCUGAGAUAUAUACCAUCAGGUGGUUCUGUUGAUUCUUCAUUCUUGCAACAUAAAAAGUCCACAGACCAGGCCAAUGAUGAUGAAGAUGCAAUAUUUUCUUUUCAUCACUCGAGUAGCAGUAUCACCUCACCUUCGUCAUCCUCAUCAACGCAAGGAAACAGCUUAUCAGGUGAUAAUCUGCCCCAACAACAGCAGGAUACAAAGAAAAAGAUCAAGAAGGGAACUUCUAGCAUGAUGUUGCAGUACAAGAAACAACUUCAAUACACUCCAACAAUUAUCAUGUUUCAUGGUAAUGCUGGAAAUAUUUCACAUCGAUUGACAAAUGCUAGAGACAUGUAUCGCUCUUGUAAAUGUAACAUAUUUAUGGUAGAAUAUAGAGGUUAUGGAAGAAGUACUGGUGAACCAUCAGAAGAAGGUUUAAAGAAUGAUGCAGAAACUGCAAUCCGAUAUUUAUUGGAGAAACGAUCGGACAUUAAUCCUAACAAUAUUUUCAUAUUCGGAAGAAGUCUAGGAGGAGCUGUGGCAAUCUAUCUUGCUUCAAAAUAUGCCAAUGUUGUUCGAGGCGUUAUUGUGGAAAAUACUUUUAUUUCUGUACCUAAACUAAUUCCUUCUCUAUUUCCAUACAGAUAUGUGGUUCCAAUUUUACAAUAUUUUUGCAUUAAUAAGUGGGAUAAUGAAGCAAUUUUGAAAUAUUCUACGUUCAGAAAUGAUUUUCACAGAAAGAGAUUGAAUGGUGACUUACCCUUUUUAUUUAUCAGUGGAAGAAAAGACGAAUUAAUACCUCCCUUGCAUAUGGAUACUCUGAUUGAAGUUUAUUGUGAACGAUAUGGUGAUUAUUGUUACGUCAAACGCUUCGAAGAAGGUACUCAUUAUGGAACAUGGUUAUGUCCUGGGUACUAUCUCAAUUUACAUCGAUUUAUCAAAAAGUUUAGAGUCAACCCACCUCCAGUCUCAGAGUCUAGAUCAAGAAAGGCAUCCUCAGCAACACCAACAACUGUUAAGCCUCACAUGCCAAUAUCUUCAACAGAUCAAAUUCACACUUCUGGUGAUGACAUUUUGAUUCAAGAUAAUAUUACUCUGACGUAUGCAGAUUCUCUGACAAUUCCAGAGCACCAUAAUCACAGCAGUGGCUACAAUAGUGGUGCAAGUAGUGGUGCAAAUAGUGGUGAUAACACGCCAAGAAAAAAGGGAACCUACAUGUUCAGAUAA